GUCCGUCCGCCCUCAAUUGCUCCCCACACCAACCCCAGAGUGCAUUUGAGCAUAUUCCCGUCCUGCACGGCCGGAACCACCCACCAGUGGAGAUCGGCAAUUGCUAACCUUCCGCCCGUGGCAUCUAGAUAUGAGAAGGAGUUCGAACAAGUGCAAGACGUCUUCGAGCUUCAGCGUAACCUUAACAACGCCUUCGCAUACGAUUUGGUCCCCGCGCCCUCAGUCCUGACUGCUGCGCUGAAGGCCGCAAGAAGAGUCAACGACUUCCCCACGGCUGUGCGGAUCUUCGAAGGUAUCAAGGCGAAGGUCGAGAACCGUGGCCAGUACGAGCAAUACUUGGAAGAGCUGAAGCCCCUGCGGGAAGAAUUGGGCGUUAGCCUGAAGGAGGAUCUGUAUCCAGAGGAAGCCAAAUAG